AUGGCUUACAAUAAUCUGACACAUUUUCCUCAGUGGGUUCAAACACUGGGACAACUUUUUACAUUGGACAUCUCUAACAAUCAGAUUGGAGGAAAUAUUCCAAUAGAUUUUGGUCAUCAUCUUCCAACCUUGUAUAGGCUAAAUCUCCGUACUAACCUUAUAGAAGGUUCAAUACCAGACUCAUUGUGCAAGAUGGAAAACUUGUUCAUUCUCGAUCUCUCAGAAAACAGAUUUUCUGGCACAAUUCCUGAUUGUUGGGUAAGGCAGUCUUUCUCAGUCUUAAAUGUGGCAUCAAAUCGGUUAUCCGGCACCGUUCCAAACUCAUUUGGGAAUCUUACAGUGGGAUGGUUAAAUUUGAGCAACAAUAGUCUCCAUGGAGAGCCUUUUCAACCCUUGCAAAGCAAUAAGGGGUUGCAGAUUUUGGAUCUCGGGGAGAAUCAAUUUACCGGAAAAAUACCUUCUUGGUGGGCAGCAAAAACCGUUCUUGAAAUUCUGAGACUGCGGGGGAACUUGUUCAGUGGUGAUAUUCCGACAUCUCUCUGCCAGUUCUAUAAUGUAAAAAUCCUGGACCUUGCUGAUAAUAAUUUGUCAGGUUCAAUCCCUCCUUGCAUUGGUGAUUUCCAUGGUAUGAUGAUAAAUGGAGUUGAAGCGCCACCAGCAUUCACUUAUGAAGCAGAUGAAUGGUCAAAAAGGCAUUUCAAGCAAUUUUUGAAAGGAAAUGAAUAUGAUUACACAAAAAAAUACCCGAAUUUGGUAAACAUAGACUUGUCAAGUAACAGUCUCAUGGGAUCAAUCCCUGGCGGGUUAACCUCUCUUUCAGGAUUGAUUGGCUUGAACUUAUCACAUAAUCACUUGUCAGGAAAAAUCCCAAGCAAUAUAAAAAAAAUGCAGUCGCUGGAGUCUCUGGAUUUCUCCAACAACAACCUUUCUGGUCCCAUCCCAACCGACAUGUCCAUCAUGCAUAAUCUAGGUUUCUUAAACUUGUCCUGCAAUAAUUUAUCAGGUUCCGUUCCAACAAAUGAUCAUUUUUUGACCUUUGAUAAUCGAUCUUUUGCUGGCAAUCCUCAUCUCUGCGGAGAACCCCUGGCGAAUAAAUGUUCCAUUAGUGAUGGGGUACCCACCAACGUGAGCCAUGAAGAAAACAAUGACAUCGGUGAUAAGAAAGAAAAUAUGUUGUUUUACUUAGUCAUUGCACUUGGUUUCAUAACAGGGUUUUGGGCAUUCUUCGGAACUCUGUUUUUGAAAAAGGAUUGGAGACAUGCUUACUUUCUUUAUGUGGAUGGGGUUGUGGAUAAGAUGUUGUAA